CUGUUGUCAAGCCGGAAAGAAAAUGUUGUCGUACGUAACCAUAGAAAUCACCACAAGCUCCUCCAUGGUUCACAUAGCAAGUUAUGAUCUUUCAAGGUGCCAGAAGCUUAGUAACUUAUCUAUGGAUCAGACAGAUCUAUUGUUGCGCCCUAAGAACAGAAGUUGGAAUAAGUAAAGAAGAUGUAUAAUAACCACCUGCAUCAGCAUCAGCACCAGCUCCAGCAGCACCUGGGGCAGUAUCCACAUUUUAUACCGCACCAACACAUCCCACCGCUGCACGCUCAGCCGCCACCACCCGCUGCACAGUCCCCGGCCUCACACAUGCACUACUCGCACCAACACCCGCACGGUCACCAGAGCGCACGGCUGGUUCCUGCAGCUGCUCGUGCCCCCCCUGCCCCUCACCUGCGCCCACCUGGUUCUGCCCCUCACCUGCGCCCCCCUGGUUCUGCCCCUCACCUGCUCCCACCUGGUUCUAUCCCUCACCUGCGCCCCCCUGGUUCUGCCCCCCUGAUGCCCCCUGCACUGAUGGGCGGAGCCGUGUUCAUGCAGCGCAUGCAGAUUGCAGGUUUUUCCAUGACCGGAGGGCCACGGUUCGCCCAGUUCUUCAUGGCUGGAAACAGGCAGUCCAUUCUGGGGCAGCCCUGCCAUGCAGCGCCGAGGGGGGGGGGGCAUGCCAGCUUUACGCCCAACCGCUACCCCUGUACCCAGACCAGCAGCGCCAAACAGGAUUCCUCUGUGCGAUUGGCUGAGAGCAGGAGGGAGGGUGAAAAGACGGUGGGGAAAAGCACUGAUGGCCUGGGCAGUGCCUUUACAACAGAGGGCAAAGUGGGUAGCUCAGGAGAGGCUGAGGCAGUAGAGAGUGUCCAGACUGCCUCUCAGCAGGAGGAGCCAACACCUAAGAGACAGAAGACUAACGGAUGUGGUGAGUCAGGUGGAGGCUCCCCUCUAGAAAGUUCAGGUCAGACCACCGUGGAUGGAACCUGCUCUGAGAACAACAGAGAUUCACCAGAGAAUGAAGCCAUGACUCCUUCCAGUCUUAAAGCAGGAGAUUGUGUAGAGGAGACCAGAGCCACAGAGGUCCUGGGUGUUGGGUCUUCCCUGAAGGUUACCAUCCAGCAGACCAGUGAGAGUCGAGCAUUCAGCACAGGCCUGGAGGAACCAGCCAAUCACAGCCAGGACAGCGAUCAACACUCUGCCCCCAGUGGCUUCAUCUGCUACAUAUGUGACACAACAUGCUCCAGCCAGCAGGACUUUCAGAGCCACAUGAACAGUCUACACCACCAGCAGCGUCUGAUGGAAAUUCAGCACAUGAGCAGUGCCUGCCUGGCCAAACUAUUACCCAGCCUCAAAGACCACAGAGAGAAGAUGCCUCCUCUACAACGCUGGUGUGCCACCUGCCAGAGCCACUUCUCUGGUGACCUGAUUGAACACCGCCGGACGAAAGAACACAAGCUGUCCAAACACUCCUCGCAGCCUUUCUGCACCAUGUGCAAGAGGCACUUCAGGACACCGCGCAAGUUUGUGGAGCACAUGAAGUCCCGCGAACACAAGCAGAGAGUGGAGGAGCUGAGGGAGGAGGGGGAGCCGGAGCUGUUGGAGGAGCUGAUCACGGUGGACGCAGUCGGCUGCUUCGAAGGAGAAGAUGACUACGAGGAAGAGUCCAGCGAGGAAGAGGAGGAUGGCGUGGCUGCUGGGCAGUCUGCUCACAGAUCUGUGGCUCUGGAGGACAUGCGAAACGAUGAGGAGUACGACCCAGACACUCAGUAUGGUUCCAGCUUUGUGGUUCCUGUUGCAGGGUUCCUUUGCCGGAUUUGCCACAAGUUCUACCACUUUGAGGCCACAGCACUGCAGUCACACUGCCGCUCUCUCACACACUUUCAGAACCUGCAGAAGUACAGAAGGAAGAGACACUCCGAGUCUACCCAGGAGGAUCCAGAGAAGGGGAGCAGAGGCUCGGGCCUCUCCCCUGACAACCACGGUGAACAGGAGGACCCUGAGGAGGAGGCUGAGCAGGAGGGGGCCCCCCUAACCGAGGCGGUGGAGAACACUGGCGGGACUGCCUUUGACUCCAGCAGUGCUUCCCUGGCAUCUCAACGCACACACACUCAGAAACACACUCCAGCCACGACCCCCAGGAUUAAAGCAUCUCGAAGUAGAAACACAGCAAAGCGAUCAUGGCCAGAACCAGGUCCAGGACCCAGACAGACCCAGUCCAGCCAUGGCACCGACUCUGUUCUGGUGAACGGAGCAAAGCGAAGCUGUCUCGAGUUGCUUGGUGAGAACCUGUCACAGGAGAGCGGCCCACAGGACUCGGAGAGGGGCCACAGAGUGAGGGGCAACAGAGUGGGGGGCAACAGAGUGGGGGGCCGAGAGGCACACUCAGGGACAGGACCCGGAUCCUGUGACACGGAGGAGACUGAGGGCGGACUAGCGGAGACAAACCUCCAGCAUCCUGAACAGGACCAGCGCCAGCCAAGCUCCAUCAGAAGCCAGAGACACUCAGCAACCAGGAGGAAAUCCACAAGGACCAGUAAGAGACUGUGAGGGUGGUGUUGGGAACACAUGGGCUCAUGCUUUCUAUGGUAGCACGUCCGCCUCCCAUGCCCGGGGUUGGGAGAUGGAGUUUGGCUCAGGGCCAUGCUGUCACACAGCAUAGGUUACAUUGGGUCAGGUGGGGGUGGGAUGCUGGGUUGUGUAAGGGCGAAGACCUCUAACAGCUCUGAAAACGAGGACAAAUUAUAAUAUAUAUAUUUUUUAUGUAUUUCACUCAUAUUGCAGCCCGAGUUGGUUCAAAUGCUGCAGCCAUGGCAACCCCAGCAACCCCACUAAUUGUAUACCAUAUAUUGGAGAUCCAGUCAGAUUUGUCAGUCAUGAUUCAGGUUUAAUCUUGAACAAUAGUGGCCACACAUUGUUGAGACAGAGCUGAAGUUCCACUCGCCCGAGCUUCACCUAAGAUUAUCUGAUUUAUCCAUUGAAGGCUGGCUUGUUAAAUGCUCUCUGCGAACCAAGGGCGUCACCCUCAGUAUUCAUGAGGUCUUGGAGACACAAGUCUCUGAGCCAUUUGCUGACACUCCCUCAGGAUAAACUCUUCUCUAAACAGAAAUGAUUACAUUCUAACUUAAGUCCCAAAUAAAAGUAACAAUUAUAACUAGGUAUAAGAUACAUUGAAUUAUUGACUAUGGCAUAUACUUAUUAAACUAAAUCUUAAAUGCCGGUUCCUUCAGUAACUUCUGGGGAGAAGGGAAAGCAGUUGAUGAGCCUAUGAGUUCUCUGUAUCUGAGUAGUAGAGGGGGAACUUAACCAUCAGCAUGGAAACCAAGGGAUUUGGCUAUAGUGUGUUAUUAUGCUCUACACACACACACACACACACACACACAGAGGAAGUUAUCUUGUCCUGUAGACUAGCUGAAGAGUGCACGGUCUGAUAAAGUGAUCGGGUGUAGGUCAGGUGAGUUCUCCUCCGUAAUAUGUAAAUCUGGAAUGGCACCUCCUGGCAACCAUGGCAACGUCCUGACAUUAAAUCAGCCUCUCGUGGCAAGGUAGACUCAGUGAGAGUGUGGUUACCCAGCCAGGGACUGGACACAGAUUACUAAAGGUCUGACCUCUUUUAACCUCAGGACAGGAACAACACCAAUGAGGAAACCUGGUACCACCUGCAGUUGCCCCCAGAUGUGUGUGACUCUUAUUAUGACGUGCUGAAGUGACAUCCGGCACAGUAAGAUGUCACUGUGACACUGUCACUGUCACUGUUAGUGUGCUGUGCUGCCUCUCUUGGUCAGUAAGUGUUGAGAUGUGAGGUUGUAAAACUGGAAACUACAAACAAUAAUUAAACUAAAAGCAAUGUUUGUAACAGCACAAAUCAGUAAAAACAGCACAGAAGAUAAUAGGAGGCUAAUUUCACUUUUUGUUGAUGGGAAGUCAAAGUAAGACCUGGUCUAUUUGCCUGUGGUCACUGCUGGUUGUGGAUAUUUGAUAUAUGACCUGGAUCUGAUGCGAGUGUUUGCCAGAGCUGGGCCGAAUCUGUUCCAGACACAGCAGCUCCCUUACGGGAAAGAGAUUGUGUUCCAUAGCCCACUGGGAGUGCCCAUUACAUACACACACACACACACACCCACAAAAGGGUUUUUCUCUUAGAUUUUGGAAGAUUGCAUCAUGUGAUGUGAAAUGUUAACCUCAACAGGAUUGUUGCUAUGUAUGUAACUUAUUUUGGUUGGUGAGUUGUGAAUUGGUUUAAUAUAAAAUAUAUUGAUACCUUG